UUAAACAGACGCUCGUGGGUCACACCACUUCACGAACUUCUUUCGCGCAGUAAGCACGCGGAACUUGGACUCCAGGGGACUGCUUCCAAAGGAAUUUGUAUUUGCAUACAGUGCCAAUCCGAAACCGGGGGAAAAAACCAAAUAGAACUGCAACAGGAGACCAUCCAAAAACCGGCGGUGUUUAUCUCUAUCUGGCUUGUUUUUGUCAGCUCCCCGUUGUUUGUUGACUGUUUGGGUUGAACGCACGCGGAAAAUGGAGAGCAAGCCAAAGGUGAAUGGCUUUUUGGAUUUGGCGGCAGCCGCUGGUGGAGCCCAAAACAAGGGUUCCUCUGCCAACACGGUAGAUGAAAACCUUCAAGAUGGUCUUAGUAUUCGGGAACUAUUCCAGAACGGUGAUGGACUCACCUACAACGACUUUCUCAUAUUACCCGGCUACAUAGACUUCACUGCCGAGGAGGUUGAUCUCAGUUCACCGCUGACCAAGUCGCUGACAUUGCGGGCACCGCUGGUUAGUUCGCCCAUGGACACGGUAACCGAAUCGGAGAUGGCCAUCGCCAUGGCGCUGUGUGGUGGCAUUGGCAUCAUCCAUCACAACUGCACGCCGGAAUACCAGGCGUUGGAGGUGCACAAGGUUAAGAAGUACAAGCACGGCUUCAUGCGCGACCCCUCGGUAAUGUCGCCCACAAAUACGGUGGGGGAUGUAUUGGAGGCGCGUCGUAAGAACGGAUUCACUGGCUAUCCGGUCACCGAAAACGGCAAACUUGGCGGCAAGCUGCUGGGCAUGGUCACAUCCCGAGACAUUGACUUCCGUGAGAAUCAACCGGAGGUCCUUUUGGCCGACAUUAUGACCACAGAACUGGUUACUGCCCCCAAUGGCAUCAAUCUUCCCACGGCCAAUGCUAUUCUUGAGAAGAGCAAAAAGGGAAAGCUGCCGAUUAUUAAUCAGGCCGGUGAACUGGUGGCCAUGAUUGCCAGGACGGAUUUGAAGAAGGCUCGCUCCUACCCGAAUGCUUCUAAGGAUUCCAAUAAGCAGCUUCUCGUCGGCGCUGCCAUUGGAACCAGAUCCGAGGACAAGGCGCGUCUGGCUCUGCUGGUGGCCAACGGCGUGGACGUCAUCGUUCUUGAUUCCUCGCAGGGCAACUCCGUCUACCAGGUGGAGAUGAUCAAGUACAUGAAGGAGACCUAUCCCGAGCUCCAGGUCAUAGGAGGAAAUGUGGUAACCCGUGCCCAGGCCAAAAAUCUCAUCGAAGCUGGUGUCGAUGGACUUCGUGUCGGCAUGGGUUCUGGCUCUAUCUGCAUUACCCAGGAGGUGAUGGCCUGCGGCUGUCCUCAGGCAACGGCUGUCUACCAGGUGUCUACGUACGCCCGCCAGUUCGGAGUGCCCGUGAUCGCUGACGGUGGUAUCCAGUCAAUUGGACACAUUGUCAAGGCGAUUGCCUUGGGAGCUAGUGCUGUAAUGAUGGGCUCCCUGCUUGCCGGAACAUCUGAGGCACCCGGCGAAUACUUCUUCUCCGAUGGAGUGCGUCUUAAGAAGUACCGCGGCAUGGGCUCACUGGAGGCCAUGGAGCGUGGCGAUGCCAAGGGCGCAGCCAUGUCACGUUACUACCACAACGAAAUGGACAAGAUGAAGGUGGCACAGGGCGUCAGUGGCAGUAUCGUGGACAAGGGCAGUGUUCUGCGCUAUCUGCCUUAUUUGGAGUGCGGAUUGCAGCACAGCUGUCAGGACAUUGGUGCCAAUUCGAUUAAUAAGUUGAGGGAUAUGAUCUACAAUGGCCAACUGCGUUUCAUGAAGCGCACCCAUUCCGCACAGCUGGAAGGCAACGUUCACGGCCUCUUCAGUUACGAGAAGCGUCUCUUCUAACAUACGACAACGGCUGCAAUGGAAAUGGGCAGCGGAGGAGUGGCUGCCCCUGUCCAACAGCAGCAGCAGCAGCAACAGCAACAGCAGCACCACCAUCAGCAGCAACAACAACAACAUCGCCACCGACCUGGAGCAGGCAACCUGCUCGACUACACCCGCCUAUUCGAUCGCAAGUGAGGAUUGCAGUGUAACUAUCGAUCGCUCGGAUAGGGCACCCCUCUUUCCCCCCCUUGAAAUUUACCAGUGUUAGGUUAAGUCUCUCGUUAGAAUCGCCAAUGUUAACGAUUACGAUUCCGAUAUAUAGAUUCCCUCGUUUUUGGUGGCGCUGGAGGUUACCUCGAAUCGCCCGCAUACAUGUGUAUACCUUAUCCAUCUGUCUGUUAGGCAGAAUCCUAAUAUUAAGUGUUUACAGACUAUUUGAUCUGUAUAGAAAAUAUGUAAUCUUCAUAUAUUUGCUAUAUAUACAUACAUCCAAACAUAUAUAUCUAUCCAAAUCGAGCGCAACGCAUCGAUUGGCCGCUUACUUAUUUGGCACUCUAUAUCUGUACAUAGAUGUUAAUCUCUAUUUGUAUAGUGUUGGAUGUUUACUACAAUGAUGAAGCUAGCUUCAACUUUUUAAAACUCUGCCAAACUUAUUAAAUGUGAACUGAAACUGAAUGAAAAACGA